AAUGGAUACGGGGGUUGGGGUCUGGAAGAUGUCUGACGAUGCCCAAUUUUCCUUAUGAAGGAGAACCACAGGUUGCUUAAAAGUCGUGAACGCUCAUCUCUCCGACUCCGAGGCGAGGCAAAUCCUAUCCUAUCCUUUCUCUGCUAGGUCAACAUGCGGCUUUUCUCUAGUUGUUCUAAUGAUCUCAUCUUUCUCGCGAUAUUAGGUCCAAUAUUUAUCACUGUCUAGUACCGUCGGGUCCCCUAAAUGCUCUAUCUCAUCUUUGUCGUCUCAAUAUUGGAUCCACUAAAUGCUCUAUCUCAUCUUUCUCGCCUCAACAAUUCUAAUAUUCCAGGGCGAUUUGGAUAGAAUUUUGCCUAGUGGAAAAGCCAACUUUUUCCAGGAUGGGGAAGCGGAUCUAGAAGCGUUGCACAAAGUUCCGAGAUUUAUGAAGGAUAGUCGUUUUGUUAUAGUGUUUUUUGCUCGUCCAAGGGUUCUUUCACAAUCAAACAUAAUACCUAAACAAGAAGCUGAUAAUCUAGUACAAAAACUCCUCCAGCAGCUUAUAGACUGUCACACGCGCCGGCGCCUAGAUGAAUAGAUGGAUCCUACUUAGCAUGGCCAUUCCAAUAAUAUCAACACUAGUUUAAAUCUUUCAUCUACAUUCAUCAUAUCUUUCGACUUUUCCUAGUUAGGUUGGCUCCACCCACAUUAUAGACUGUCACAGUCUACGCAUUGUUCUUUCUGCUUCAAAGCCUAUUAUUCCGUGUAUAGAAGAACUUACCCGCUGUUCCAACAUUCCAUGGAAUCAUUCCCUUGUAAUAAACAAGGAUAAGAGUUGAGAUGGAAUACUACUCAUUCUUGUCUACCACGUACUGCAUUGGUACAAAAAAACCUAAUGCAGAACCUUCACACGUGAAGAAGUCCAGCUUUUGCUGCUUUUAGGUGGGCCCACUCCUAUGCUAUCCUAUGCUAUCCUAUCCUAUAGUCCAAAAUCUGCUGUAGCAGUAUCCUGUCCUAUCCUAUAGUCCAAAAUCUGCUGUAGCAGUCGUAGAGCAGCUUCUCGUCAUCUAUUAGAUUCUUGGUCCUAAGUAAUCAAUGAAAUAUGAUGAUAAAGCAGAUGACAUCUAAUACAAUGCUGCUUCACGCAGAGGCGCACUUUUCUUUCCCGUGGGCGCACACGCUUCCAGGAGAACAAGAACAAAAAGAACGGAAGGGCGCUUCGCCAUUAUGAGAACAGAUUAGUAGUUGCCACAUCCUCGCUCCCGAGGGUAGAGAUGCGCCUUUAUACAUAUUAUUCAAUAAGUUGAAAACUAACUCAACAAAUACAACAGAGAGUAAUUACAGAUAGCUAGUGACCAGUUCUCUUCUGGUCGGCCUUCUUCUCCUCUCCAAAACACUCUUAGGAUGAGAGAAAAGAAAGGAAGUCUUUUGACUUCAACUCAAGAGAUAAACUAGUGACUAACUAAUGACAGCACCUACAAGCUAAACAAUUCAUCAGCCUUCUUAUUAGUAGUUGCCAGAUCCUCGCAGCUCCCGAGCCAGUCAUUUUCAAUUUUUGAAGAGAAGAGAAAGAGAACAUCAAUGGACUUUUGAGAAUCUAAUUUGUCGUGGCUUGUCGCGGGGGCAGAGUAGAGUUGACAUGCGGCAUUCUAGAAGCAGUUACGGUUUUGCGACAUAUUUUCUCUAUAAACUUCGACGUCUCUUGCUCUUCCACACAGUCUACUUCCUCCAGUUCUCCAUCUAGUCUUCCCUGCAGAGACCCUGUCACUCCAGUAAGGACUAUUAAAGCAAAAAACCUCUCAUAUGCUUUUGUAAGUACUUCUUGCAACAAAUAACCUCUCUACGUCGUAUGUAACUACGUCAUCGUCGUGAUAAAAACUAUAGCUCCUUCUUUGCUCCUCUAAUCUGGCAUUGGAAGGUCCCAGAGUGGCAUGAUUACAUCGUCGAGGGGUCAGAAUGCUGAUACAACCGGAAGGAAAGAAACGAACUUUUGCCUGAUGCUAUUCGCACAUACAGUGGGGACUGAAUUAUGGCACUACUUUCUAGAAUUGAUUGUCCACAUGCGCAGUUGCCGACGCCUAACCUUGGCAUCCAGCACGACUAGUAGAGUAGCAUCGUUAAUGUUCUUGCUCAUCCAUUUUCUUGUUCAAUCAUAGGACUAGCAUCCUUAAUGUGCUUGUUCAUCCAUAGGAGUGGUUCUUGUCCCUCUCCCUCUCUAAAAGCAGAUGUCUCCGAAGGUGAUUGGAGUUCGACUCAGUCGUUGGACAAAUGGCUCCUUGACGGUAACGAAAUGGACUUCAGACCGCAAGAGGAUCUCAACUUAAGGGGGCAACUUUAUUGGGACUUCUUCUACCCCUGUACCUCAACAGACAACUUUUGGGAUUUUUUCUACCCCCAUACCCGCCCACACCUCAACAAGAGGCGCAUCAGUCAGUCAAUCAAUCAGUCAGCCAAUCAAUCAAUCAAUCUGCGAGUCUCUCUGAGCAAUUCCUGCGCCACUUAGGUUUUCUAGAGCCUUUCUCUGUCCAAUAGCUCUAAUGCUUUGCGCCAUCUCCUUUUGGAAGGGGUACAUGCACGAGCCGGAAGCAAGACAAGCACAAACAGAGAAGGCGACUGUUGACUUGGACUACUUCUUAGGACUUUCAAAACAGGUACUAGUAACCAAGUUUUUAUUUUUUGCAGUACUGAUUGUCAACUAGUGCUCUCAUUUGUUGUUACCGUGGUGCAUACUGUUUUUGUUACUUGUAGCAGGAAAACUACGGUAAUAUGCUGCUUGUCUAUCUGCUUGAUGACUUGAUCGAGCGUGUUUAUAUAUGUUCCAGGGGCCAGGGGCCAAGGCCCCCCCCGAUCUAAAUUUUUGAGGGGGGCCUCCCGCCCCGGACCCUUUUCCCCGAAGGACUGCUGGGUGGGAAGGGGCCCAAGCGCCGACCUCUGACCCCUUCCCGCUUCUUGCCUGGACCCCACCGAGCCCCCACCCGGGGGGCCGUGGAAGCAUCGAAGGCCGGGGGCGCAAGGCUUCCGAAGGGGGCAAAGGUGGCAAGGCGCGGCCCCCUUUGGCUUGUUGCGGCUUAUUGCGUGUCCCCUACAGACCUCCAGUGCGCGGGUCCCGCACUGGGAGAGUUUCUUGGGGGGUGGAAGGCCUCCGAGGGCAGCAGGUGGCAAGGCUUGACCCCUUUCGCCGUGCUGCAUGUAUCCGGCGGAACCCAGGCGGGCAUGCCUGGCCCCCACUCCUCUGCGGCUCUAGUCCUGAACCCCCCGGGCGUUUGAUGGUGGCGGACGCUGCCACCAAUUGUGGGCAUGAGGGCCAAAGGGGCCAGGCCUCGCGACUGUGGCAAGGCGGCACUCUUCCCCCGGAGGCCGUCCGCCUGAUAGGGUCCAAGAGUCGGGACGCCUGUGGGGUACACGUGGAGAGCCGCCAGGAGCCUCCGGCUCCGCCUUUUGAGGCUUUCGCCCCUGGGGGUCUUUGCUUGUCUCCACCGCGGAAAAAAGGGUGCGCGGACGCCACCCCCGCUCCAUCCACAGGGGGGGAGCCUCCGUAAGGGUCAGCGAACGCCCCCCGCGGUCCUACAUAAGACGUCACGCCUUCCCCCCUCUGGUAUACUACUGAGAGCUUGCCCCAUCUUGGUUCGAGCGUCACGCGAAAAGCGUGACGCGUCACGCGAAAAGCGUGACGCUUUUGUUGCAUGUACCCUACAGACUUACUAGAGACAAGGCGUCACGCUCUUCGCGUGACGCUCAAGAAAGGGCCUGCAGAUGAAGGCCCCACCUUCAGAUCAUGAGGACCUUCGGGCCCUCAGCUGAAGUCUUUCCGAUCAUGAGAGAGGACCCCCAAGGGAGAACCCUCACUCUGAGAGGGCUCGCCGAUGAAGUCCUUCCGAUCGUGAGGACCUUCAAGGGAGAGCCCUCAAUCUGAAUAGAGGACACUCAGCCGAAGUCCUUCCGAUCGUGAGGACCUUCAAGGGAGAGCCCUCAAUCUGAAUAGAGGGCACUCAGCUGAAGUCCUUCCGAUCAUGAGGACCUUCAAGGGAGAGCCCUCAAUCUGAAUAGAGAGCACCCAGCUGAAGCUUUUCCGAUCAUGAGGACCCUCAAGGGAGAACCCUCACUCUGAAAGGGUCCUCAAAUGAAGCACUUCCGAUCAUGAGAGAGGACCUUCAAGGGAGAACCAACCCUCACUCUGAAUAGGAGACACUCAGAUGACGCCCAAGGGAGAGCCCACCCUCAGUCGAAUCUGAGAGGGCCCCCCGAUGAAGCUCUUCCGAUCAUGAGCGAGGACCUUCAAGGGAGAACCCUCACUCUGUGAGGGCCCUCAGAUGAAGCUCUUCCGAGCAUGAGAGAGGACCUUCAAGGGAGCGCCCUCCCUCUGAGAGGGCUCGCCGAUGAAGCUCUUCCGAUCAUGAGGACCUUCAGUUCAAGGGAGAGCCCUCAAUUUGAAUCGAGGACACUCAGCUGAAGUCUUUCCGAUCAUGAGGACCCUCAAGGGAGAGCCCUCACUCUGAGAGGGCUCGCAGAUGAAGUCCUUCCGAUCAUGAGGACCUUCAAGGGAGAGCCCUCAGUCUGAAACUGAAUAGAGGGCACUCAGCUGAUGCCUUUCCGAUCAUGAGGACCCUCAAGGGAGAGCCCUCGCUCUGCUCUGAGAGGGCUCGCAGAUGAAGCCCUUCCGAUCAUGAGGACCUUCAAAGGAGAGCCCUCAAUCUGAAUAGAGGACACUCAGCCGAAGUCUUUCCGAUCAUGAGGCUGAGGACCCUCAAGGGAGAACUUCGGCCAGCGUCACGCUUACACACUGGCAAAGGGGCGCCCGGUCUGCAUUGGAUUCCCAUGCGUCACACUAAAGAACGCACGCGGGAAAGACAUCUGACCCCGAUGAGAUUCCCACGCGUCACGCUAGAGCGCACAUCGUCAAAAAGCACCCAAUCCCCCCGAGAUUCCUACGCGUCACGCUAGAGCACGCAUGGCGAAAAAACACCCAAUCCCCCCGAGGUUCAUACGCGUCACGCUAGAGGCGUGACGCGUGACGAUCCGCGGGGGGCGUUCGCUGACUCUUACGGGGAGCCUCCACCCCUGGAACAUUCGGCAGGGUAGUGCUACCUUCAAUGAACCUCGACAGCGUCACUUCCUUUUUAUGAAGAUGAAUAUGAAACAGAAAUACAAAUCCUUUAGUCUCAACAAUAGGCCACUGAUCUGACGGAAGACGAAGAAGUUGCGUUAGGCGCGGCCAAGACCUUCCAGGAGUCGAUCAGCGCGGUGUCUUCUGAUGGCAAGCUGCUGGUCUGGUCAUUGAUGCGUGCUAUCUUCGUCCUAGCGGUAAUCAGUGACAUUACGCUACAAUGCUUUGGAUAUGGAUUAAUUUGAAAUUUCUAUCAUAGACUAGCAAAUUUCUAUCAAAAAUGUACCAUUGCUGAUUUUGUGUUUAAGAUCUACGUCUUGUUUCAAAGACACUGCUCAUUGCACUACCCAAUUAUUUGGGUGCCGGUGCGGCUUUCUUAAUAAUCACGAUCGGCUGCAGUUUCUUCUUCUUCUUCUUCUUCUUCUAACGCCAGAGCGAUACGGCUAUAUGUGAAAAAAGCACUGAAGGAGAGCGCCGCAGCAUUGCAGAAAGAAGCUCCCGAAUUGCUGAAACAGUUUGAAGGGUACCAGAAUUCACAUGGUAGCCCCGGCGGGGUGGGAUACUUAUGGCCUAAGGGUGCGUGUAACUAAUAUAUAUACAGAUUUCACAUGCACCACGAUCAUACUGGAACGAGGACCUUCUUCUAAGGCGGAUUAUUUGAACUGAGUAGAAGAAGACUGGAGGCUUAUAAGAGAACAUUCUAAGAUCGACUUGGGCUUCAUUGGUAGGACAUUCUUCUCCCUUGAAAGGCAAAACGUUAGUCCUAGUAUCUACUGGACUAACGCAUUACUAGGACUAACGUUUUACGUUUCAAAUUCAAUGGACUACUCAUUAACGUAACAGUCGGAAAGGUAAAACGUAGUCGCUCAUAACGUAAUCUUCCAAAGUAACAGACUUUUUUUUUUUUGUCAGACUCCAUCGUCUACUGCUUGAUGUUUUUGUUAAUAUCAUGGCCCCUUCCGGCACGCAGAUCUUCUGAUGCAUACUUUGGAAAGCUGUUCUUAUCGUCUUUUAAGUGAGGAACUGAGCGAAGAGAAGCAAAGCGAAAAAGUAGAAGUCCGAUAACAAAACACAAAAUUGGAACCAGAUUGAGGCGUAAUUCUGUCUAAGAUUCUGAGUAGCCUCUCAUCUCAAAGCCAUCAUUACGAAUGCCCCGUCCUCCCUCUUCUAAACUACCUCGUGGAGCAGUUGCGUAUCGACAUGCGAAACGAUCCUGAAUUGCAAGGUAAGACGAGACACGUACACGGCGUACAUUCCAAGCGCGAAGAAACUGCCUGGGUUUACGUGAAGGGGCAUGAGGUAACAGAAAGUUAAGACGAGGAAGUCAGGAGUGAGAGGACUUCAUGAUUGAUAGGUUUACUUAUCCAAACAUUUGGUUUUGGUCAACGACAACAUGAUCUUCUUUCAUCGCUCGGGAGUAGGUAGAUAGUACUGGUUUCCUCAUCACUCGAUAGAGUGCUGGUGCUGGAUCUAUUCAUCACUAAAUAGGGUGCUGGUGCGGCUUCUAUGCAUCACUCAGUAGAGUCGUGGCAUCUUCGUGUCGCGGUAGAGUGGUAUUGGUAGGCACCUAUUUGAGAGAAUAACUACGAGUAAGAGGUGGAGGUGGCAUCUUCAUCUACACUCAGAGUCGUGCUACUGGUAGGCCCUUACGAUUGUGUAAGUAGCAGGUGAGCCAAAAAACGAGCACCGACGUCUAAUAAUACGGCUUCGAGUUCGCCUUGGGCAAACUGGAACAGAUCUCAAAAAAGUCCAACAGCGCCCUUCCUGCUUUGAAGUGCUUAUGACUUCUGUAGUCUUUACUGACAAAAAAACAUGUAAAUGGUCACAAGUAGAAGUAAUCACUUCCGUAGAAGUGAUCCAUAUUUAAACCUCUAGUUUGACGAUCCAUAUUUAUACCUGUAGAAGUGGUCCAUAUUUUAAUCUUGAUUGGCUUUUGUCUUUGAAAAAAGGCGAAGGCUUAGGUCCAGCGACGCUUAGAGCACUAAAUAUAACAGCUGCCGGCUCGUUUUUCCUCUUUCUCUAAGUUAGGUUUAUCCCUUCUUCGUGCAAUGUAGUUAGGCGUUCAUCUACAACCAAAAUGGAUAGUAGCGGCUGCGCCUGUAGAAACAAUGUGCUGCUCCAGCAAGAUCCUAUCCUAUCCUUCAAAGGUAUAGCUGGCGCUUCCUUCACUGGAAAAAUAUAAGAUCGCAAUCUUUCACCAAAGAUAAAGGUGCUUAGGUACUACGGUUACCAUUUGAUAAAAAUGUCCUCGUUAGUUAGCCUUUCACACACCCAUUCGUAAUCCUUUUUUUACCCUAUCUGUGUAGCCUCCCACCCAUAAUAUGUUCUGAGUACUUAACUAUAGCCUCUCACCCAUAUGUUCUGAGUAACUAACCCUUUUUUACCCUAAAUCUGUUCGGAAUAACCGCCGUCUAAUCUAUGAGGAGAGCCUCUGCAAAAAGGUUCGGGAGACAAUUGCGAAGCAAGGGGUGGAAGGACGUUUCGCUAAUGAUCCAAAUCAGCUUAAGGCCUCGUUCUUUUCAAACCAGGCAACGCUAAGCCCUUCUGCUGAAGAUACAUGAUGAGAGAGAAUUUCGUUUUGUCAUAUAUAAGGAGAGUCGUUUCUUCAGUUCUAAGCCUACCCACUCAUACGGUGAUCUAGCGGACUAAAAGUAGUAAGUGUGAAAUCCUUUCUAACUUAACACACUCUGGUGAUUUAGCAGACUACGUGCUCAUCAUAGGAUUUGAAUUUCUUUCCAAGGCUACUCACUCUGGUGAUUUAGCACACUAAAAGUAGUAAACUCAUAAAAGUAGUAAAAGUGAGUUUCUUUCUAAGGCUACUCACUUUGGUGAUUUAGCACACUAAAAGUAGUAAAAGUGAGUUUCUUUCUAAGGCUACUCACUCUGGUGACUUAGCAGACUACCUCAUCCACUACGAAGAUGGUGACGG